AUGAAAAUAAUUGCGAUCCUAUUUUUAUGUUACUUUAUUAACAUCAAUUUUAUCAACGCAAACUAUCCUAGUCAUCAAUGUUAUGUAUGUGAUAAAAGUAGUUGUGACCAUCCUACUGCCGAGGAUAUUAAACAGUGUUCGUUGGAUGAAACUGGGGGUACUAGUGGCAAAUAUUUUGUUGCUGGCGCUUUUACGAAAAAUAAUACUAAUAAUAUUUAUAAUGAUAUUGAAGAAGACUUGAAUAGUUUUGGUACAGGCCCGUUAGGUUUAAAUGAAUCAUCUAUGCCAUCAUGGAAUAGUCUUACUCGAUGGGUAUGCUUUGUAUCUAAAGAUCACCAUCGCGGUUGUCUAUUGAUGGGCAAAGGUCUUUGUUCUGAGAGUAAAAGUUUGCUAGGAAGAAUGAAGGGUUUGGCUAAAAAACUCACUAGUAUUGUGAAAAAAGCAAAAGAAGCUGUAAAUAAAAUGUUUACCGAUCCAACAGUUGCAGCAAAGCUAGAUAUAGCUCAUCAAUUAAAUAUUACGAACUGGUUUGAAGAGAAUUAUAUGAGUAAAUUAGUUUCUAAUUUUAAAGAACCUCAAUAUCAACUUGAAAUUUGUUGUGAAGGUAAUAAAUGUAAUAAUUAUGCUUCAAUGGUACAAAUUUCAACGGCAAUAUUGAUUCUAUCAAUUUUAAUACUCAUUUAA